AGGAACGAACUUGCCUUAGAGCUGCCAGCACCGAAACACAACUGGUGCAAAUGUCGACCCAGGCUGCGGAUGUACCACAUCCAUCAUUAAGCAGACCGCUUGCUGACCAGCAUGGUCACCCACACCUAUUUCAUUCACUUUAUCACAAGACCAACUCGGUCCUGAGCUUAUCUGCCGAUGAGAAAUACGUAUAUAGCGGAAGUCAAGGUGACGAUGUAUGGGACAAGUCCACCUUCUCAUUGAAGACAACGCUCAGAGGGCAUACUGGCAGUGUUCUAGCUUUAGAGUAUGCCUCUGAGCGGAAGUGGCUCUUCAGUGCAUCUGGCGACAGUACUAUUCGAGUUUGGUCUACUGAGACACACGCCCCUCUGUUUAUCUUGCAUCCACAUUUUGAUACUGAUGCCGGCGAUCUCUUCUCGUUGGCUUGGUCAUCUUCUUCAUCUACAUUAUACUUUGGCUGUCAGAAUACUUCUCUUCAAUGGUUCACUUUCUUACCAAACCUUGGGCACCCACCACACCAACAAGGUGCUCCUACUCAUCAACAGGUCCUUGACAAAGCACUUCAGGAAGCAGGCAUCGCCAGUGGUACUGCUACACCACGUAGAGUUCACAAAUUCUUCGAUUCCUAUCCUCAAUACACUCGAAAACCUGCCGAUCUUGAAGCACGCAAUCCCACUGCUUCUUCAUCUCCAUCUCCAGGCUUGACCACUCCCGCCACUGGCGGUACCUGCUUGCUUCAGCCGAAUGUGCAGAUCCCUCUUGCCAUCAUUCAGAUUCCCCCAAAGAAUGUGAUAUGGUCUGCUCAUUACGGCUACGUUUAUUGCAUGGCUCUUUCUCCCAGUAUACGUGAAGGAUCCGAUGAUCAAGGCGGCAUAGGUAGUUCCUUGCGGUUAGUAACCGGAAGCGGUGAUGCUACUGUGAAAGUAUGGGACGUGAAUUCUGCUGUCCCAUCGUUACAGCAUACUUUUGAUUGCGGAGAAGGUGCUGUAUUGGCAGUCGUAGUGCGGGGAGAUACUGUAUACGCCGGGUGUCAAGAUGGAUAUGUCAAGGUUUUAGACCUUGAGACGCGGACGUUGGUGCGAACCAUCAUCGUCAAUGAGAAUAUCGACAUCUUGUCUCUUUCUAUGCUUCAGUCAGAUCUCUACACUUGCUCUGCAAACGGUCAAGUACAACGCUUCUCGGCCACAUUCGAUCUCACGGCUUCCUGGCCUGCGCAUAGCGGCAUCAUACUAUCUUCUAUCAUUACCCAUGUCAAACUAUCCUCAGGGAAGGGGGGACGUGGUAAAGCCGUACUCGUGACUGGCGCGAACGAUGACUUUAUCAAAAUAUGGGAUAUCGAUCCUCCCCCCAAAAAGCAACCAGAUAUCGAAGAACUUCAACGCAUAGGGCCUGAAUCCCAGCCGGAUUUGAGCGAUGACAUAUUGGUUUACGCCUUGUCAAAGUUCAUUUCCAUUCCCAGUGUCAGUGGCUGUCUGUCUUACCGAGAGCAUUGCAGACAGGCUGCCAUCUGGCUUCGCAAAUGUCUCAGUCAGCUAGGAGCCGAGGCGUCAUUGCUUCCUACCGGUGACACUACAAACCCGCUGGUCUUGGCGACAUUCCGUGGUACUCAGAAUAAACGGAAGGCCCGCAGAGUGCUCGUCUACGGCCAUUAUGAUGUGAUCCCAGCUUCUCCCAAGGGAUGGUCUUCAGAUCCGUUUACCCUGUAUGCUUUGAAUGGGUACCUCUAUGGGCGUGGUGUUACUGACAAUAAGGGACCUAUUAUGGCGAUUGCCUGUGCUGCUGCUGCUCUGCUGAGACGGCGCGCAUUGGAUGUCGACCUUGUGAUGUUGAUAGAGGGCGAGGAGGAGGCGGGAAGCAAGCACUUUGCACAGACAGUAAAACAACAUAAAGAGACCAUCGGACCAAUCGACGCGAUACUCGUGAGCAAUUCAACGUGGAUUUCAGAGAGUACACCCUGUAUCACGUAUGGAUUGCGAGGCGUAGUGCACUGUCAAGUGAAGAUAUCUAGCGGUGGUCCAGAUCUACACUCUGGAGUUGAUGGAGGUGCAGCACGGGAACCUAUGAUGGACAUAAUGAAAUUACUAGGUACAUUGGUCGAUGAUCAACAAAAGGUCACAAUACCAAGCUUCUAUGACGAUGUUCGCCCUUUGACUGCUGAAGAGCGGCAGUUAUUCAAAGUUCUUUCUGGCGUUACACAAACUCCUGCGUCUUCAUUAUCUGCCAAAUGGAGAGAACCCUCACUAACUAUUCAUGAAAUUGAGGUCUCUGGCCCCAAGAAUUCUACAGUAAUUCCUUCGACAGUGCAAGCACGACUUUCGUUGCGUAUCGUCCCGGAUCAAGACGUCGAAGAGAUCUGCGCAUCGCUACAAGAUCAUCUCAAAUCCAAGUUCGGAGAUAUGCAGUCUCGGAAUACACUCGAGAUCAACAUCUCUCAUACCGCCGAUUGGUGGCUAGGUAACUUGGAUGACCCAUGGUUCGCUGCGCUGGAGAGUGCUAUCAGGGACGAGUGGGGCGUUGAGCCACUGCGGAUCCGAGAAGGAGGGUCAAUUCCGUCAGUGCCAUACCUCGAGAAGGAGUUUUCUUGCCAUGCGCUCCAUCUUCCGAUGGGGCAAAGUACGGAUCAAGCACAUCUUCCCAAUGAAAGGAUGUCACUGUGCAACUUACAAAAGGGGCAGGCCGUGGUGGAGCGAUUUCUUACAAGUGUCAAAGAUUUGUAGUGUAGUCUGGACAGAGCCAAGCAUAUUUUCUUGCCUAUAAGGCUGAGUGAUAUCCGAAGACAACAAAUGUGCUACUACAUCGGGAGUAUACAGUAGACAUAGUGUAUCAUCUGAAUGUACGAGACUGGUUCCCUGAUCU